AUGCGGGUCUUCGUCACCGGCGCCUCAGGCUACAUCGGCCAACCACUAGUCGACGACCUCAUCAAGCAUGGCCAUCAAGUGGUCGGACUAGCCCGCAACGACGCAUCCGCCGAACGCAUCAGCAAAGCAGGAGCCGAACCGCACCGCGGCUCACUAACCGACCUCGACUCCCUCCAGAGCGGCGCGGCGGCCUGUGACGGGGUCAUCCACUUAGCCUUCAUCCACGACUUCAGCGACUACGCGGGCGCCGCGACCACCGACCAAGCGGCCAUCGAAGCCAUGGGCAACGCGCUGGCAGGGACAGGCAAACCGCUGGUGAUUGCGUCGGGGACGGCCUUCUGUGCCGCCGGCGAGCUGGCGACCGAGGACGCCGAGCCGGACCGCAAUAUGCCCAUGGCCAUCCGACUCAAAUCGGCGGACCUGGUGUAUGCAUUUUCGCGCGACAAGAACGUCCGCGGCACCGUCGUCCGGCUGCCUCCCACCGUGCAUGGCAGCGGCGACGCCGGCUUGAUCCCACGCUAUAUCGACGCGGCGCGUGCCGCGGGCGUCGCAGUGUACAUUGACGACGGACACGCGCGGUGGCCGGCCGCCCAUCGCGUAGACGCUGCCAGGCUGUUCCGCCUCGCGCUCGAGAAGGGGGCUGCGGGCGCCACGUACCAUGCCGUCGCGGAGCAAGGUGUAUCCUGGAAGGAAAUCGCCGGUCUGGUCGGUAAGAAGUUGGGCGUGCCCGUGCAGGGCAAGACGCUGGAGGAAGCUGGUCCGGUGCUGGGGUUCCUGGCGAACGUCGUGGGCCGUGAUAAUCCGGCCUCGAGCGACAAGACUCAGAAGGAGCUCGGCUGGCAUCCUACUGGACCGGGCUUGCUUGAGGACAUGGAGGCCCAUUACUUCUCUUGA